AUGUUCGUCAGAAAGAGAGAUGGACGCCAGGAGCGUGUUCAGUUCGACAAGAUCACUGCCCGUGUCUCGAGACUGUGUUACGGCCUCGACAUGGACCACGUUGACCCCGUUGCUAUCACCCAAAAGGUCAUUUCCGGUGUCUAUGGCGGUGUCACAACUGUGCAAUUGGACGAUCUUGCCGCCGAGACUGCUGCUUACAUGACCGUUACACAUCCCGACUACGCCAUUCUUGCGGCCCGUAUUGCCGUCUCCAACCUUCACAAGCAGACCAAGAAGCAAUGGUCUACCGUUGUGAGCGAUCUCUACAACUAUGUCAACGCCAGGAACGGCCGGCCGUCACCUAUGAUCUCCAAGGAGACCUAUGAGUGCGUUAUGCGACACAAGGAAGAGCUAGACUCUGCCAUUGUCUACGACCGUGAUUUCCAAUACCAAUACUUUGGCUUCAAGACAUUGGAGCGAUCAUACCUCCUCAAGAUCGACGGCAAGAUUGUCGAACGUCCUCAGCACAUGAUCAUGCGUGUGUCUAUUGGUAUCUGGGGUGAUGAUAUUGAGCGUGUCUUGGAGACAUACAACCUUAUGUCCAGCAAGUUCUUCACCCAUGCUUCCCCCACUCUCUUCAACGCUGGUACCCCUCAACCCCAGCUUUCUUCCUGCUUCUUGGUUGACAUGAAGGAGGACAGCAUUGACGGUAUCUAUGAUACCCUCAAGACCUGUGCCAUGAUUUCCAAGAUGGCUGGUGGUAUUGGUCUCAAUGCCCACCGAAUCCGUGCCACUGGCUCCUACAUUGCUGGUACCAACGGUACAUCCAACGGUGUUGUUCCUAUGCUACGUGUCUUCAACAACACUGCCCGCUACGUUGAUCAGGGUGGUAACAAGCGACCUGGUGCUUUUGCCAUCUACCUUGAGCCUUGGCACGCUGAUGUCUUCGAGUUCCUUGAUCUCCGAAAGAACCACGGUAAGGAGGAGGUCCGCGCCCGUGACCUGUUCCUGGCCCUCUGGAUCCCUGAUCUUUUCAUGAAGCGUGUUGAGAAGAACGGAGAGUGGACCCUCAUGUGCCCCAACGAGUGCCCUGGUCUUGCCGAUUGCUACGGUGAAGAGUUUGAGGCCCUCUACGAGAAGUACGAGAGGGAAGGCAAGGGUCGCAAGUCCAUCAAGGCCCAGAAGCUUUGGUAUGCCAUCCUCGAGGCCCAGACCGAGACCGGAAACCCCUUCAUGCUUUACAAGGAUGCCUGUAACCGCAAGAGCAACCAGAAGAACCUCGGUACCAUCCGAAGCUCUAAUCUGUGCACUGAGAUCAUCGAGUACUGUGCCCCUGAUGAGGUCGCUGUUUGCAACCUUGCCUCCCUUGCCCUGCCUGCUUUCAUUAACUACGAUGAGGCUUGCUAUGACUUCAAGAAGCUGCAUCAGGUCAGUCAGGUUGUUGUCCGCAACUUGAACAAGAUCAUCGAUGUCAACCAUUACCCUGUGCAAGAGGCUCGCAACAGCAACAUGCGUCACCGACCUAUCGGUCUUGGUGUCCAGGGUCUUGCUGAUGCUUUCCUUGCUCUGCGCAUGCCCUUUGAGUCUCCCGAGGCUAGAGAGCUCAACAAGCAGAUCUUUGAGACUAUCUACCACGCUGCCCUCACUGCCUCCGUGCAGUUGGCCAAGGAGGAGGGUCCCUACUCUACCUUCAAGGGUUCUCCCGCCUCUGAGGGUAUCCUCCAGUUCGACAUGUGGAACGUCAAGCCUUCCGACCUUUGGGACUGGGAGAGCCUUCGAGAGGAUGUUAAGACUCACGGUAUCCGUAACAGUCUGCUCCUUGCCCCUAUGCCUACUGCCAGUACUUCGCAGAUUCUGGGUAACAACGAGUGCUUCGAGCCCUACACCUCUAACAUUUACCAGCGCCGAGUCCUUGCUGGUGAGUUCCAGGUUGUCAACCCCUGGUUGCUCAAGGAUCUUGUCGACAUGGGUUUGUGGUCUGAUGCCAUGAAGAACCGUAUCAUUUCCGAUAACGGUUCUAUUCAGAACAUCCCCAACAUCCCUGCCGACGUCAAGGCACUUUACAAGACUGUUUGGGAGAUUUCUCAGCGCCAGGUUGUCCAGAUGGCUGCCGACCGAGGUGCAUUCAUCGAUCAGUCCCAGUCCCUCAACAUCCACAUGAAGGAUCCCACGAUGGGCAAGAUCACCAGCAUGCACUUCGCCGGCUGGAAGCUUGGUCUCAAGACUGGCAUGUACUACCUUCGCACACAGGCUGCCGCCGCUCCUAUCCAGUUCACUGUCGACCAGCAGGCUCUUAAGAUUGCCGACACCAACUCUGCUAGUAUCAAGCCUUUGAAGAAGCGAGCCCCCCCUGCUGGUUCAAGCUACCUCAUGUCCUCACCCUCCAUGGGUCAAAAUGGACUCAACGGUGCUAGAAAUGGCUCUCAGGACAAUGGCAUAAAUGGCAACGGCCUCAACGGCCUCAACGGCCUCAACGGCAGUGCUUCCAGCCCUUCUGUGCCUGGACAUGCGCCUAUUAUCAAGGCUGAUGCCGAGGAGGCUGAGAGCCCCAAGGCUCUCCCUACUGAGCCUGCUGAGAAGGUUCAGGAAGAAGAGCUAGGUGCCAAGAACCCCCAAACUGAGGAUGAGGACAAGGAUAAUGAAGAUCGCGAGCGCGACAUCUACUCGGAGGCUGUUCUACAGUGCAGCAUUGAAGACCCCGAGUCUUGCAUUAUGUGCAGCGGUUAG